AAAGAGUGAGACAGAGAGGGGAUAGCACGAACCGGAGGAAACAACGACAGCGACGAUGCCGGGGCAACAUCGAAACAAGGGCGGAGGAGAAGUUGGAGGGGGAAGACAUCACGGCGGACAAGGCCGCCAUAUUGAAUCACUUCGGUUAAUUUUUGCGUAGGGGAAGCAACGAACGAGUGAACGAGCUCUACAUAACUAGAAAGAGAUUAAGAUAGUUAGAAAGAAGAAUAAUAUAGAAUAAGGAUGUAGUACGAGAGAGAGGAAGGAAGGGUUUUCGUUUGGUAAUCUUUAAAAACGUAAACGGAAGUGCGUAAAAAAAAGAAAAUAUCGCUCAGUGGAUUCUUUCUCGUGUUUACGGAUCCCGUGCUGUGAAACGAUAAAGGACGAUUUUCGUGCCUCCUAUCUCGUUUUCUUUCACUAUCCUUUUCUCUCUUUUCUCUCUUUCUCUCUCUCCCUUUUUCCCUCUCCCCUUUCUCUCUCUCUCUCUCUCUCUCUCUCUAUCUAUCUAUCUAUCUAUCUCUUUCUAUCCUUUUCCAUUCGUGGUUGGAAGAAACGCGCGUAAGAGAGCGCGUAAAGCGAGCGAACGAGCAGCAACAGCAACAGCAGCGGCGACGACGACGACGACAACGACGACGACGACGGCGGCGGCGUGGCGCUGCUUUGGCUGCCGUCCUCCGUUCAUCCGUCCGUCUGUCCGUCGACCAGUUUGUCCAUCAGCCUGUCGGUCUGUCGAUCCUCUCUCUUUCUCACUUCUGGCAGUUAGGCGCGCCGCGCGGCGCGACGCGAUGAACGACCUAGCGAUGCGCGAGCACGCACGGAAGAGAUUCACGCGCGGAAAUUCUAUGUGCACGACGUUCACGACGAGAACGACGACGACGACGACGACGAAGACGACGAUGAUGAUGACAACGAUGAAAACGAUGAUCGCUGGACGAUGAAUGUGCCGCCGCUUUUGUAGAGAAGAUUGUACGUGCAUGUUUAGUUACGUACAUGUGUUCGUGCAACGUGUAAGGAAGAUACUGUAUAUGAACGAUCCUGAAUCAUUGUGUCCGUUUUAUUAUUGCCGUCUCGUUGUAUCUUAAAAACAAACGAAUAUCACGAUUACUGUGUGAUACGGUGAUUUAAAAUUUCUUUUAAGAAGAGGAAAAAUUAGAAAAUAAUUGUGACUGGAAGGAACAUCGACCUAUCGACCGAUCGACCGACCGACCAACCAACCGACCAACCGACCGACCGCCAGCAGCCAGGUCCCUUUGCGUUAAUUGUUCGUCGUCUACCUGUUCCCUUACGUCCUUUCUGUAAAUCGAUUUACAAGAUACUCCUUUCUUUCUCUCUCUCUCUCUCUCUCUUUCUCUGUGUGUGUGUGUGUGUGUGUGUAUGUACGUACGUGUAUAAGGGAUUAUAGAGAGCAAGGACAAGACUCUGGUCGAGAAGAAAUUUUCAGCGCGAUUCCGGUGCCACUACCACUAUAGGAUGUCGACGAGUACGCGCGUGUGUGGAUACCCAGUGGUCGAAGGAAUGGAAACCAUGGAGUUAGAUGGUGAUGCUGUAGUUGAUCUGAGCGUAAGCAGCAGUGGCAGAAGAAAUUCCCCAUCUAUAAAUACUAAUUCAGGUGAUGCAGGGGUGCCCUUGGAUCUUGGGGUUCAUUUCUCUGCAAGUUCUAAUUUAGAAAGUAAUAUGCCAGAGGCACGAAACAUUCAAAAUGCAGCAAGAGGCAUAUUGGCUCCAAAAUCAGGAGAUGAUCGGAGGACUCGUCGUAAUCUUAGACCAAGAAUUGAAAGAAGUUAUGCGGAGAGUCCUGAUGAGCCUAGAAUAAAUGGAUAUCUAAAUGGAAAUACGUCGGAUAGCGAUGAAGGUCGAAUGACAAAUAAUAUUCCUUCAAACACAGCUGAUAUGCCACCAUUGCUUCCAAUCAAAGAACUAUCUUCAGAUGAAUUGGCUGAACGUGAAAGGACAUUGAGAAAACUGAAGGAGGAGCUGCGUUCAGAGGAAAUGAAAUUGGUACUGUUAAAAAAGCUGAGACAGUCUCAACAAUUAAAAGAGAAUAUUGCGGCAGUUCCCAAGGUUCCCAGCAAAUUACCACCACCAGUAACAGUACAACCAACACCUCAUGGACAUAGAACAGGGAAAGCACCACCGCCAUUACUGAGGGGGCAACCAGCACCAAGUAGAAGUAGUAGUCUUCAUGCACCACCACCUGGAAUGUUAUUACCACCUACAACUGGACGAAGUUCUACUUCAAGUACUGGAAUGCCUCCUAACAUGGUAAUACCUCAACCACCGCAUCCUCGGAGUAGACCACCUAGUGCAACGCCAAGUGUCCCAACUUAUCAUGCUCCGGCUGAUAGAACUGAACGCUCCACAAAAGAUCCUACCCCUACACCAGCACAUCAACUGCUUGUUGGAUCUCAAGAAAAUAAAACCACAGCAUCUUUAAAUACGCCCGUAAUUUCGGAACAGGAUAGAUCCAGAGAGGAUAAUCAAACUCCCGCACAGCGGCAGGCUGCUGCUAAGUUGGCUUUAAGAAAACAACUGGAGAAAACUCUUUUGCAAAUACCACCACCGAAACCUCCACCACCGGAAAUGCAUUUUGUACCGAAUCCUUCGAACACAGAGUUUAUUUAUCUGGUUGGCUUGGAGCAUGUGGUUGAUUUUAUUACGAAAGAACCUGCUAUACCCCCUCCUCCUGAGCCGUUUGAAUGUACACAGUGUAAAACAGACUUUACGCCUGUUUGGAAGUGGGAAAAACCAGUAGGUAGUGGCAAAAAAGAAGGUCCACGUGGACAGCAUGCCACGUUCCAACGACCUCCAGCAGGUCGAGAUCCUAGAGUCAUCUGUGAACAUUGUGUGACAUCCAAUGUCAAGAAAGCUCUUAAAGCAGAACAUACAAAUCGAUUAAAGACUGCUUUUGUAAAAGCUCUACAACAAGAGCAAGAAAUUGAACAAAGGCUUGCUCAAGCAGCGUGUCCAAGUCCAGAUCCACCAGCUCCAAAAGUAGUUCCGAAAGCAGCUACUCCUACAAGAAGAAUAGCGACACCCCCUGCUCCUCCUCCUCAGGUGCCUCCGGCACCUACGCUUACACCAACACCACCUGCGCCUAAACUGCAGGAACAUCCAUUAGUUAAACUGGCCGAAAGUGGAAAGUUUAGCCCUCAUCAUGCGGCUACUGCAGCUGCUUUACAACAGCAAUUGUUAAGAGAACUGGCAAAGAAUCCUGUAGCAGGCUUACCACAUCAACCUCUUCCCGCGCACAUGAUGCCACCGUUCACCUCGAUAUUAUAUCCGUAUCAACUCGCAAUGGCACAGGCUACUGGAGGUAAAGGCCUCGUUGAAUUGCAACGGCAAGCAGCGGAUCUUCAACGCCAGUACCUGCUCGAUAUGAUUCCAUCGCAAGCAUCACAAGCACAGGGCAAUCAAGCUCCACCAAGAGCUCAUCCGCAUAAUUGGAAAACGUAACCGGACGCAUUUAAAGAGCGAACAAUAAAUACAAGUAAAUAAUUACAAUACACGGAAUAUCGAAGUAAUUGAGGAACGAGGAAAAGUUUCAUGAUUAUUAAAGAGAGACGAUAUAUCGCAAAAUGUCAUGCCGUUGUGAUUUGGAAUAUUGUGAUAUACCGAUACGUUAUUGGUAAAUCGCUCAUAAAAUGAUCAGUUCGGGAAAGAUAGUAAUCCAAGAGACGUAUGUAAAAUUUACGAGAAACUCUUCGUGUAAUGAAUUCACGUUCUAUUUCUAAUCAUUGAAUGAUUGUAAUGGUUUGACUUGUUUCAACGUUCGUAAGUGUGGACAAUGAAACCUUGAUGAUCAAUUGAAGAGCAACAGUACGUUUUAAACAUUAAACACCACAAGCAGUGUUUCCUUUUGAUAUUAUCCUGCAUCGAUAUUGAAUAUUUUAUCGGACAAAAGCAGAUAAAGACGGAUCUUAAUACGUAAUGUCCAUAACGUAUAUAAUAUCUGAAGUAAUGUGAAGAUAAGGAAAAUAAAUGAACACUUGUAGUAAGGCACUAAAGAGACAGUAUAUGGAAAUAUCGAUGCAUCGAUUAAAAGUAAUAAUCUGCGUUUAUAGAUGUGGAAAAUGAUCGCGUUGCGAAUAACUAAAGUUGAAGGAAAGAAUCUUUCUAGGCUCUUAUAAUUAAGCCGAUCUUGGCCGUUGGAUUGAAUAAAUCAUUAUAACCAGCGGCGGUACCUGUACUCUGUGUAUAUCUUUAUUUUCUUCAACUGUGAGUAUUUUUAAGGUGAAUAUAAUGCAUGUGUGAGAUAGAGAUAGAUAGAGAUAGAGAAAAAGAGAGCAAGUGAACGUCAGAGAAAAAGAGAGAGAGAGAGAGAGAGAGAGAGAGACAGAGAGAGUGAAUUACAAUUAUAAUUAUGAAUAAUAAUCAUUUGGAAGGAAGCGUGUGAAAGAAUAAGCGAAUGUAUGAGCGAUAAGAAAAAUUCUUUUUGCCGAUACGUGGCAGAGUAUGUGCACACACAUCGACAUGUUUUUAAUAGAAUGACGCCAAUGUCAUUCGCGCACAAAUCGAAUAGGAAUGUCCAUGUAUGACAAAUCGGCUAAAAUGUUUGAUUUUUUUUUCUUUUUUUUUAUUUUUUUUUUUUUUCUCUGUAUUAAGAGGUACAUCAAGGCGACAUUGUGACUCGAUAAAAUUUUUUCUAUAAGUAUAUACAUAAAUACGACUAAACGAAUUCGAUUUAGAGAAAAGAAUGUACUGAUGAAGAUUAAGAUUUUCACAGCACGAUUGAUUUGAUGUGCCACAAUUCAUGUAAAGAUAUUAAAAUCAACAGGACGUGUGCAUUAAUUGCAAUUUUUCGAAGCGUUAUAGGCGCUAGAUAUAAAAGGAAAGAAAAGAAAAGAAGAAGAAAAAAAAAAGAAAAAAGAAAAAAAAAAAUAAUAAGAUCCGAAUUUUUACUAUCCUCUGCAAAAAAAAAAAAAAACGGAAAAAAAAAAGUUUGCACAUAACAGUUAAACCCUCUGGCACUCAUCCCGAGCAAUACUAUUAAUUAUUAUCACCUUCGCUAAUAGCCUAAUUUCUAUGACUCUGGCUAACAAAUCUCGGUCAUACAUUUCUGAAUCAAUAAAUAAAUAGUACUAUACUGUAGUCUUGAUAUUUCUCGGUAUUAUGAUACAAGUUAAUAAACUAAAAUAGCAUAAUCAUCUCUCUUUGUAUUACGUGAUAGGUUUUGAGCUCGUACUGAUAUACAUGUACACCGUAAUAAGUCUACGAUCGCAUAAUAGAUCAAGAUCUGUGUUUUUUGUGUAAGAGAAUCGAAAGAAUAUGUCGUUGUCAACCUGCACUGUCGCCAAUGGUACUACUGCUGCCACCUUUCUACCAUCGAUGAAGGUUCUUUCAAAUCAGCGUCGCAGCAAAGGGAGGAGAAAGGGAGAACACGAUUUAUAUUUUACAUAUAUACGCAGCCAAAAAUGUACUUUUAAUGCUGCGCAUUUACUAUCCUAUAAAAUUAAUAUUAAAUAAUUUGUAAAUUUAUCAUUUCUUUUCUCUUCUUUUUUUCUUUCUUUCUUUUUCUUUUUCUUUUUUCUUUUUUUUCUCUCUUUUUUUUCUUUUUUUUUUUUUUACAACUGAUUAGAAAAAAAACUAAAGUUUUAUACAACAUACAAAAGAACGUGAUGAUUUAUCGUUCCAAUUCUCGCGUUCUCCCAUUCCCUGCGAGAGGAUUAUUUUUUAAUAAUAAAGAUGUUUUUAAUUAAAUGCGUGAUCCUUAAAUAAUAAGACAAUUUUGAUGUAAUUUAAAAAGAUUCAUUGAUAAUAAGUACGUACUACGAUUGGUAGGAUGCAAUUAGGAUCUUAUUCUGUAUUAAUUCAUUUAAUUUUUUUGUUUUGUUUUGUUUGUUUGUUUUUUUUUUCAUUUGACUUUCUUUCUUUUCUGUUCUUUUUUUUUUUUUUUCGUUUCGUUCUUUCUCUUUUGUAAGGAAGAAUAAUUUCUUGCUUUUCUAUAUUGUCUUCUGGUUUUUUUUUUUUUUUUUUUUUUUUUCCUUCUAGUCUGAUUUUUUUGGCUCUACGUGAUGGUGCUGUUAGAAAAUAAGCACUUGUGAAAGCGCAGAGAAAUCUUUGUAUUCGACAAAUGUGAUUGUUUUUACACCAAAAAAAAAAAAAGAAAAGAAAAAGAAAAGAGAGAAAAGAAAAGAAACAAAAAAAAACAACAAAAUAUUUGUAAACCGACGCUGAAAUGUAAGAUAAUGUGCGAACUUGUGUAACCAUAUGCCAUAAUUGCAUUAGGCAGUACACGAUGGCGGCUAAAACAAACGAACGGUAUCGCAGGAUUAGGAUUUUAAUGUAUUCUUCAAAAGCGCUAUACAAUCGAAAGCUUCAUGGGAGAAAGGGAAGGAGGAGGGAGGGGGAUGCAGACUUAAAACCAAAAAAAAAAAAAAAAAAAAAAGAAAAAAAGAAAUCAGAUUAUAAAAUAUAAAGCUCUCGAAAACAAAAACUACGUCGGCCGGUUAUCGAGAUUGCGUUACGAUACGAUGAACGUACGAAAUCUUUUGAGAAGCGACACGUUGAAAAAAAAAAGAAAGAAAAUAAUAAAAAAAAAAAAAAAAAAAAAAAAAA